AUGCCUCGUCCCAGAAAGUUGCUGGACAUGCGCUGCACCACGUGUCAGACGAGCUUCAACCGACGAGAACACUAUGAGCGGCAUCUUCGGUCACAUACAGAGGAGAAGCCUUUCUCCUGUUUCUAUUGCCAGCAGAUCUUUAGCCGCGGAGACUCACUCGCCCGCCACUAUACGUCUGUCCAUCAGACGGACACGGGGAAGCCACCGGCCAAAAGACGUAGAGUCAUAAAAGCCUGCGAAUCAUGCCGGCUAUCUAAAGUCCGAUGUGACGGAACGGAGCCAUGUCAGCGUUGCUACGACCAGCAUCGAGAAUGCUCUUAUUUGGUCUCCAAGCGCACCAGACAAUCUACCACACGCACUGGUCAACUGCCUAGGGGACAUUGUCUGAGCCUUCCCUCUAAACUGGAUCAAGCAGGCAGUGAGCCUACGAAUAGUCCGCUUAGUACAGACGUAGUGUCGCAAGCUCAUCCACAGAGUCAAAAGCUGUACGACCAGGGACCGGUACAUUCCCCCGCCCAGGCCGAAGCGACCUAUGGAGCCAUCGAUACGAUCACGGUACCUCCCUUCUUUUCGCUGGACUGGAAUGACUUUGAUGAGUGGCUCAACUUUGGUUUCGACGACGAGUACAUGGGGCUAUCCGCCCCUGCAGCAUCCGCCACAGCCGCCAUCGCCGGGCUCUAUGGUAAUAUUCAGGAACCAGAUAUGGAUAAAGAUGCCAUCGACCCGAGGCAGUACUCUCCGGCUUCCAUUGAGCUGGACGCUCAGUUGGUGUUUCCUGACAUGACUACUAUCGCCAGCGAGGAUAUCGAGAAGGAAAAUCUGGCCCUUGUCGAGCAGGUCCCGGACGGUGUCCCACUGAAGGUAUUCGAGAUGGCUACCGCACUGCAAACCAAAUCCAACUAUCCCAAGUUUAUCGAGUUGCGCAUCCCGCCUGCUCGCGUUCUCAAUGCCUGGGUCCAGCUCUACUUUGAGCAUUUCCACCCUGUCUUUCCGUUCUUGCAUAAACCUACCUUUUCCCCUGCGACGAUGAAUCCAUUCCUUGUUCUUACGGUUGCGGCCAUCGGCGCGCAUUUCUCAGAAUUGGAGGGUUCGCAGGCCUGUCAUAAGGCGAUGCAUGAGCUCAUCCGACGAUAUACAUCGUACACAUGUGAACAAUACAAUCGCACCAGUCGUGAGCUUUGGAUCACGCAAACUAUUCUUCUCAAUCAACUAGGCCUGAUGUACUCGGGCAAUCGAAGGGACCUUGAGCUGGCAGAGCUAUUCCAGGCCGUCCCAGUUACUCUUGCACGACGCAAGAGACUUCUUUCAAAUACUCUCCCUCGUGCACAAAUAUCCGCGUUGCAGCUCCCGCUUGGUCAAGAAUGGCAGCUCUCAAUACAUGACGAGGAACGUCGACGGGCAGGGUUCGCCAUUUGGCUGAUUGAUUUCGGGUGGAAAUAUAGCUUUGGGCUCAACCAUGUUAUGACGGCGGACGAGCUGCAGAAUUGCCUUCCGCACUCGGACGAUUGCUGGGAUGCACCCACCGCUCAGCAAUGGGCUCAAAUCAUGCAAGCCAGGAGCUUUUCCACGGUACCGUCCUUACGUCGAACCAUUGCGAAUCAAAACUGGAUAUGGGCAUGGUCACAGACUGGAACGCUUGGAAAGCAGACUAUCCUGCACUAUCUGGCAAGCAUCGUCACAAAGGACGAUGCAGAUAGCUCCUCGCAGGGUUGUUGGUCGGAACAGAGACUGGCAGCGGCAGCAACACUUAAGAGUCUCCUUGGAGAAGAACUCGGCGAGGGCCACACAAAGACAGCUGUGCUCCACCGCGUGCUGAUUUGCUCGGGCCUGAUGAUCCAUUACAGUCCAACCCUGCGGAUAAAAUCUCUUUGCCUAAGGGUCAUAUACCGGAGAAUGGACGACACGUCGUGGGAUCUUCUAUCGAGUCAAUGGGCCAAAGCACCAUUUCAAGGGCGUCUGGCGGUGUUGUAUGGUGCUCAGGUGUUUGAAACAAUCCGCUUGAAUCGCUGCGUGCAUUUCUUAACGCCGGCCUCUUUACUCAGAGCCGUGCUUGUGCUGUGGAUAUAUUCCACGCUCUGCCAGCGGUACGGGUUGCUAGAGAGAGGUUGUCCAGGUCCCGGCCGAAUCAUGGAACCCUCCGCCGUCCUCAACCUAGAGUGUUUGGAGACGGCGGGUACGAAAAGGUGGCUUGCGAAUGGAUCAGGCUGCGUCAAGCUUCCAGGAAUUGGUAAUCUGCUUUGUCACCGGGGCGCGCGUAAAUUGUUGGAUGAGUCAAUUGUGGUGAUGAAUUCGCUCAGCUGUUGGAGUAUCAGCAGCUCAUAUGUGCAAUUGCUGCAGCGAAUUCAAGUAAUAGAGGGAGAAUUCGGGGCGGUUUUAUCCUGA